UCUAUUAAAUAUUCAUGAGCUACGCCUUCCACGUAGGAUUCGUUCGUUGCUAACGGUUGCAAACAGAACAGACGGCGGUCCUCACUGAAACAGAAGCGAUUUUUUUUGUCUGAAUCUAUAUUACACAUCAGUUUCUACUAGAUAUCAGUUUAUGUGAUGCAGAGACCAGCUAAGGGGGAUGUCAACUUUGCACCCAUCGUGGUUAAUGGAACGGUGGUCCGAGACAAAAAGUUCCUGCGUGGACUGGGCAAAGUGCUGAAACUUCAGUGGCUGCUUGGCAAAAGCAUAGAGAUAAGGAGAUCGCUCGUUGACAGAAUCAUUCCCUCCUGUGCUUGCCGAGCUGUGGAAAACAAUGAUUUCACUUCACUCAGAGAGCUCCUGGAGAAGAUGGAUUCCAGUUGUGAAACCUAUGAUGAAUUCACACCCCUUCAUACAGCAUGCGAGUUGGGGAACUUGGAGAUGAUUGAGUUCCUGCUGUCAAAGGGGGUGUCUCCUCAUCACAAGAACCGCUUUGGACACUGCCCAAUGUACAUGGCCAUUAAGAACAGGCAUUGUCAAGCUGUCAAACUCAUGAGCAUGAAAGGAGUCACUGUUAGACUACACCCUGUGAGAAUUGCCAUGGAAAUGAUUCAAGCGGUACAGAACAGAGAUUACCCUCUGCUGUAUGCUUGGGUUGCAUCAGGAGUUGACAUGGAUAUUAAAGACUAUAAUGAACGCACUGUAAUGCAUGAGGCAGUUGAUCUGGGAGAUAAAUUGAUGAUUGUCAGGCUACUGGAAUAUGGAGCCACACCACUGGAGAGAGAUGUGUGGGGUCAGACAGCCAUGGAUAAUGCUCAAAAUGACACAACGAUCAUGGCUCUUUUUGAGCCUUUUUUCACAGUGCAUUGCCCCACCAAACAGGCCUAUCUGCUGUAUAAGGAAAAACAUUCACACUAAUAGAA